GUUUCUUUUCAAUUUGUUAUAUCAGUUGACAAAAGUCUCUGAACUCACUUCACAAGAAUGAUGGUGGAGACACGUUUGUUGUAAAGGUUUUCACUAUAAACACAGCGGCACAUGCUGCCCCUGCGCUCCUUUAUUAGAUUUGUUCAAUUGCCUCCUACAUGAGCAAAAAAUAGAUCCUCCCCCAUCUCCUUAUUUCCCCCCUAAAAAAGGCAUCUCCUCUUCACACAAUCUUCUAUGCUAUACUCUUUAAGCUGCUUGAAUCUCAUUGAGGUUUGAUAACAAGGCCGUUUUUAACGUUUUGGCCAAGACCAUUUUGCCAUCCGUCAUUGUUUAAGCUCAUUCUGCAUUCCAUCGUCUUGAUUGAUUGAAUCUGACCAAUGGGUUUGUUGCAAUAUUCGUGAUUCUUGAUUGAAAUAAAGGGACGGGUUUUCUUUCAAUUCUUGAUUUGGGGGUCUCAGAUUUGGGUUUUUUUGUGUGUGUGGAUUCAAUCUCGGGGAUAGGCUGUUCUCAUUUCUUGUUUUGGCGGUGAAUUGGGGAAGAUAAAGGUAUAAGAUGCGGCGGCGGGCGGCCGAUUAUCGGCGCCCGGUUCGAAGGAGGCUAUCUUGUUGGAUCUGGUCGCUUCUUGGAAUAUUCUCAAUUGUAGGUUUCGUUUUGUUUGUAGUUCAUCAUCAUCAUGACCACGAGGAUCACGUAGAACAACCUGUUUCGGAAAGAGAGUCUAGGAAUGAGCAGGUUGUGCAUGAGCGUAUGAAUCUCACACAAGAGAUGUUAAGUGUUAAUUCAUAUGCCAGACAAAUAGCAGAGCAAACAACACUAGCCAAAGCUUACAUCAUUAUAGCAAAAGAGCACAACAAUCUUCAUCUUGCAUGGGAGCUGAGUACAAAGAUAAGAAGUUGUCAACUUUUACUCUCAAAAGCUGCAAUGAGAGAUGAGCCCAUUUCUCUAGAUGAAGCUGAGCCAAACAUAAGAAGUCUAUCUUCUCUCAUCCUUAAGGCACAGGAUGCCCAUUACGAUAUUGCUACCACUAUGAUGACAAUGAAAUCACAUAUUCAAGCUCUUGAAGAGCGUGCCAAUGCUGCAUCUGUUCAAAGUAUGAUGUUCGGACAGUUAACAGCUGAGUCUCUGCCAAAGAACCUGCACUGCCUAGAAAUGAAGCUCAUGGCUGAUUGGCUUACAAAAAAGUCAUUGCAGGAUUUUGCUGAUGAGAGGAGAAACUCACCUCGUUUAGUAGACAAUAACCUGUAUCACUUCUGCAUAUUUUCAGAUAAUCUGUUGGCAGUUUCAGUAGUUAUCAACUCAACUGUGGCCAAUGCUGAUCACCCUAAGCAGCUAGUUUUCCAUAUCGUAACGGAUUCAAUACACUAUGGAGUGAUGCUGGCUUGGUUCCUGAACAAUGACUUCAAAGGUUCUACAGUAGAAGUACAGAAUAUUGACAACUUCACUUGGUUGAAUUCAUCUUAUUCUCCUGCUGUAAAGCAGCUAAUGUCCACAGAUUCCAGGAAGUAUUAUUUUGACGGAUCUCAAGAUACGGGUGUCGAGCCAAAGUUCCGGAAUCCAAAAUAUAUAUAUUUGUUGAAUCACCUUCGGUUUUACAUCCCUGAGAUUUACCCCCAGUUGGAGAAGAUUGUUUUCCUUGAUGAUGAUGUUGUAGUUCAGAAGGAUCUGACACCUCUCUUUUCACUGGAUUUGCAUGGAAAUGUGAAUGGAGCAGUAGAAACUUGUCUUGAAGCUUUUCAUCGUUAUUACAAGUAUCUCAAUUUUUCAAAUCCACUCAUCAGCUCUAAGUUUGAUCCCCAGGCGUGUGGAUGGGCAUUUGGUAUGAAUGUUUUUGAUUUGAUUGCUUGGAGGAAAGCAAGUGUUACUUCCCGAUAUCAUUAUUGGAUAGAACAAAAUGCUGAUAGGACUAUUUGGAAGCUAGGAACCCUUCCACCUGGACUAUUAGCUUUUUAUGGAAUGACAGAGCCACUUGAUCGGAGGUGGCAUGUGUUGGGAUUAGGUUAUGACGUGAAUGUUGACAAUCGCCUGAUAGAGAGUGCAGCAGUGAUUCACUUCAAUGGAAACAUGAAGCCAUGGCUUAAGCUACGCAUUAACAGGUAUAGGCCUUUGUGGGAACGAUAUGUAAAUCAAACGCACCCACACCUUCAGGAUUGUGCUACACAUUGAAACACUAUACUUUUCCAAGUACGAUCACAUACUCGAUCCCAUCAUUGUAGAGUUAGAAAUAGACAAUUUUGCCCUAUUAAGGAUUCUUCCCUAGUCUUUCUUCUUAUCAGUUUAGUAGUGUGAAACUGAUAUUAUACACUGGAACAAGCAUGCAUUAAGAUAAAAGGGUUUAGGGGAAUCACUUAUGGUUGAGAGGUUUUCUCUGUCUCUACAAAUGAUAGAACAAAUUUUUCUAGUAAUAAUCUUGUUCCUUUGAUCACAUCUAGGUUAGAUAUUUGUCUUUGCUUUUUUGUUGUUCUGUACGCGGAUCCAAUUAUUUUUAGUUGCUGUAACAUAUAACUACUGCAACAUAUGUAAGUGAUUUAUACUGAUGAUAUGAUGCAUCAGAGCGACUAUUAUGUUUUUUCGCCUUU